AGCAGGUUGGCGCUCUCCACAGGGACUCACUGGUGCCAAGAUGCGGAAACAGUAGCGGAGAUAAAAGCUUCUACUUUCAUCACCUUAUUAUCAAUAGUAUCUACCGGCGCAUCCAAAUCACGGAAUUAUGAAUUUAUCGAUGGAGAUAUAGAUGAUAUCUGAAAGCAACCUUGGCACAGAAUGGUAGUAUGUCUUUUACGUAAAAGCUUAGCCAGAUGGAGGACAGGAUGGCAUGUCACAGCACUGAAGAAUCUGUCAUCAAAUCAUGCUCUGAAGCCCCUCAUUCCCACUUUCUGCCUUUUGGUGGUCAUCUUAUAUGGCCAAGCUGACAAACUGAGGAACUUCGUGGCUGGUGUUUUCAUCCCACAGUACCGCUACCCUUUCCCUGUUGCCCUCUGCUUUACCCAGGUUUUGGUUUCUAUUGUCUUCAUAAACCUGCUCCAUGCCCUCGGUUUGGUGCCACUCAAAUCUUACUCCAGAUUGCUGGGAGAGAGGCUGCUGCUGCCUUCCAUCUGCAGCAGCGUUCACUCUGUGCUUGUGACAUGGGCCAAAGCCAGCAGCUUGUAUGCGAGCCUCUUCCUCUUCACCGUACCUCUGCUGCCUCUGCUCACCGUGGGUUUCAGUUUUGCCCUGAGGGUGAAGUCUCCACCAUCUUACCACUCAUUGGUGUUGAUCUCUAUCAUGAGUGGGAUGUUUGUCGUCAGCAAAGCAUCCGAGGGGGAUCUUGUAGUUGAGCCUCUGGAAUACCUGUAUGCACCUCUUGCCUUGAUUCUUCAGAGUCUUUCCCUGAUCAGCUUGGCCAAAGUUUCUGAGGCAGAGGGCCGCCCGCCUUCCAACACCCAAGCCACUGUUUUUGACAUCUACUAUGUCCAACUGGUCAACCAGAUUGGUGUGCUGGGCCUCCUGUGGCUUCUGCAUCCAGACAAUCCUGUGGAAGUGUUGAGACUGAGCACCUGGCGCCAUCUGCUCUUCCACGGUUACCUGCUCGCCAUCGUCCUGCUAGGAAUGGUGCUCAACUUCCUGGUCUUAAUUUCAGCUCUUUGUGUCUCCCCACUUGCCGCUGCGCUGCUUUACUCGGCGAGGUACAUAGUAGCACCUUUUUUUCAGUUUCUGUAGUUUCCCUGAACACUACAGAAAAACCAAUGCUGCAGGGUCGAUAAGCUAUCACCACUAUCAAGUCUUGAAGUUGUAUUUAUAUAUUUUUAUUGGAUUGAAAAGGGGAUUGGAAGAAAAAAUGACAAAAGAUUAGCUUCAGGUCAAAAAAGUAAAUCAAAUUUAAAUUUAGGUAUUUUACUUAAUACUGAAAGAAAAACCAAGAAAUUGUUAGGACCACAGGACGCAAAUUAGAAGCCCCCCAAAAUUGGAUGUCCUGUAGAAGUGAGCUAAAACUAAGAACCUGUAACCUGUUAAAGCAACAUGAUUCAUUCACAUUAUUUGAUUACAUAAAGUUAAAUUAUUAAAUUUAUCUAAACUGACCGCUGAUUUUUAAUCUAAACCAUUGUUUUGAUCUUUAUUGGCUUUAGUUUGUCAAUAAAUAUUUCCAUCAUUUACAUCAUUAAGAUAAAGCAAAAGAGAGUUUUUUUAGGCUAUAUAUAACUAAUUCUUUUAAUGUUAUUUUUUGAUCGCAUAGCUUUAGAAAGUGUUUUUUUUUCUUGUUUAACAAUAACAUAUUUGUGCAGUAUUUAAGGGAUUAAUAUCCCACUUUUUUCCUCCACUGAACGAGGUUUAACUUUACCUCUGAGGAGGUUCACUGUGAAUGACUCUGAAAAACUUUCAGAUGAAACAGAAUGUAGAGGAAUCAGUGUUAAAAAUAUUUAAACUCAAACCUUUUAGCUAAUGAAUCUUAAAUCAGAUGUUUUUUAAUGUGCUCAGAUAAAAGGGCACGGCACCAGCAAGCUGCUAUCAUUAAUCAUACUGAUACUUUUUGUUGUCUUAAAAUCAUCUCCAUUAAAACAAAUAUAUAUAUUUUGACAUAAUUUAAGACAUUGCAGCUUAUUUAAAUGUACAUAUGAAUGUUUUAAAAUAAACUGUUCAAUGUUCAAGCCUUUCUGUUGUAAAAUGU